AUGUCGGAAUUAGAAGAUGGAUUUCCAGCCGAAAAACUCUUCGCUCAGGGAUACUCUUACACUUACGAUGACGUCAUAUUCCUUCCCCACUACAUCGAUUUCUCCACAGACGCCGUCUCCUUAUCCACGCGCCUCAGCCGGCGCGUGCCUCUCUCCAUACCCUGCGUUUCCUCUCCGAUGGACACUGUCUCUGAGUCUCACAUGGCUGCCGCAGUGGCUUCCCUCGGAGGGAUCGGAAUCGUCCACUAUAACAACGACAUCGCCGCUCAGGCGUCGAUAAUUCGCCAAGCCAAAUCUCUCCGACAUCCGAUUGCUUCCGACGCCGGCGUGAAAUUCCCGGAGUACGAGAUCACUUCGUUAGACGCCUUUGGUCCUUCUUCCUUCGUUUUCGUCACGCAAACAGGAACAAUGACGUCACCGAAACUGUUAGGCUACGUCACGAAUUCUCAAUGGACGAAAAUGAAUUACGAGCAAAGAGAGAUGAAGAUAUACGACUACAUGAAGAGCUGCGACGGCAGCGACUACACCGCACCAUGGGACAUCGAUCUCGACAAGAUCGAAGCUCUUUUAGAAGAUAAGCAAAAGGGCUUUGUGGUUCUCGAACGAGACGGUGAGACUGUGAACGUGGUGACGAAAGACGAUGUAGAGAGAGUUAAAGGGUAUCCAAAGUCAGGACCAGGGACUGUUGGUCCAGACGGUGAGUGGAUGGUUGGUGCAGCGAUAGGGACGAGAGAGUCAGACAAGGAGAGGCUUGAGCAUUUGGUCAACGCUGGGGUCAAUGCGAUAGUGUUGGAUAGCUCGCAAGGGAACUCUGUUUACCAGCUUGAGAUGAUCAAGUAUGUGAAGAGGACUUACCCUGAGUUGGAUGUGAUUGGUGGUAACGUUGUGACGACUUACCAGGCGCAGAAUUUGAUUCAGGCUGGUGUUGAUGGGUUGAGAGUUGGUAUGGGGUCUGGUUCGAUAUGUACCACACAAGAGGUUUGUGCGGUUGGUCGUGGACAGGCUACUGCAGUGUACAAGGUUUGUUCAAUUGCUGAACAGAGUGGGAUUCCGGUUAUUGCGGACGGUGGUAUAUCGAAUUCAGGUCACAUUGUGAAAGCUUUAGUCCUCGGAGCAUCGACUGUUAUGAUGGGAAGCUUCUUAGCUGGAAGCACUGAAGCUCCCGGGGGUUACGAGUAUAAGAACGGGGAGAGGAUCAAGAAGUACCGUGGAAUGGGAUCGCUAGAAGCGAUGACUAAAGGAAGUGACCAGAGAUACUUGGGAGACAAGACGAAGCUCAAGAUUGCUCAAGGAGUGGUUGGAGCAGUUGCGGAUAAAGGCUCGGUGUUGAAGUUGAUACCUUACACGAUGCAUGCGGUGAAGCAAGGUUUCCAAGACCUUGGUGCUUCUUCCUUGCAAUCUGCUCAUGAUCUGUUGAGAUCUAACGUCCUCAGGCUCGAGGCUCGGACCGGUGCAGCACAGAUCGAAGGAGGUGUUCACGGGCUGGUUUCUUACGAGAAGAGAUCGUUUUAA